AUGACGAAAAAUGGGAAAUACGUCUGACUGCUGCAGAGAGGGCUUGGAGAUGAUCCCUUGAAAGCACUAGGAUGCCUGGCUGCUUUAAGAAGACAUUAUUUGCUUUGGCUUCUCUAAUAAGUUUUGUGUCUUUUAUCUUGAUUGCUGUUGCAAUGGGGAUCCCAAAGUGGAUGACUGGAAAGAUCCUUUGCAAAACAGGGGCUGAUUUGGUCAAUGCCACAGAUCCAGAGCUGGUCAAGUUCAUUGGAGAAAUUUAUUAUGGACUCUUUCGGGGCGGCAAAAUACGCCAAUGUGGCUUGGGCGGGCGGCGUUCCAAAUUCACAAUUUUCCCACACAUGGUGAAAAAGUUGAAUACAGGCCUGCAUGUGAUGAUCAUAAUGUUCCUCUGUGUGGCCAUUUUCUUUUCUCUGGUCAGUUUUGGAUUCUGCAUUCUUAACGCAAUAAAAGUUCCUUACCGGGCUAUUAACGGUCCAGCAGGAGCAUGCCUUUGGAACUUCCUUGCAGGUGGAUUUGUAGUACUUGCAGUCACCAGCUUCAUGGCUGCUGUGAAACUUCAUCACCUCACAGAAAGAAUUGCCAAUUUUCGGGAAAACGUCUUUCGGUUUGUUAUCUUAGAAGAACGCUUUGAAGACUGUUUUUGGAUUUGUGUGGCAAGUGCCACAGCACAUGCAGUCAAUUUGCUGCUAAUAGCCAUUAGUGGGAUUCACUUCCCUAAAAUUAAGACUAAAACAGAAGAAGUGAAUGUUACAGCAGAAGAUAUCAUGUACUAA